GAUUUAAAUACAGUUCAUUCGUAAUGUUGCUAAUUAUAUUAAAUGUGGGCCGGCAGGAGCUGAGCUACCCAGAGCGUGGGGAGGGCCGGAACUGGCUGUCUGUAGUCCUCUCGCUGCUGGUGAUCGCUGCAGUUGUGUCCGGUAUCCUCACGGCCAUCCACAGCCUGGGCUACGUGGACGAGCUCCUCUACUGGUCGGGGAGGAGGCUGUCGCUCCAAGAGGUUCUCCAGGGCGAGAUCGCUGGAAGCCGGCUGUCACCCGCAUGGGUCUCCGGCAGCCAUUUCCUCUUCCAGGCCGACGACGGUGGUCUCUCUGUCUUCUCCACUGUAACCGGCAACGUAUCCACUCUUGUAUCAAAUCACACGCUGCGAGGAUAUUCCUACAUUGGCAUUCCGCCAUUCAAUGAGUGGAGGCUGUCUUCAGCACCUUCAACUGGUAGCUCCUUCGUCGGAACGGGCUUCAUUCCAAAUAUUAUCCUGUCUUCGCUGAUGAAGAUACCGAUUCACCUUAGGCUCCUCGACUACGGAGUUUGGUAUGACAUCGGUCGCCAACGGAUACCUCCCGAUGGAAGGCCAGAUAGAAAUGCCGUGACUGGUUAUGUAAAUCCAGCAAACCACCGGCUGGAGCCCUACGUUACUCGGGUUUCUCCAUGA